UUGAAAAAAAGAAAGAAAGAGAAAAAUAAUUCGUAGACCGAUCUGGUCUAAGUUGCAGAUUCGAUCGCCCAAACACCGCGAGUUGCUCCGAAAGCAGGGCCGAUAAAUCGGCGAUUUGAUCCGAAGAGGAGUUUUGAGCAAAUCAACAAUUCGUUCCAGUGAGGAACAAAGAUCAUGAUUCUGAUAGAAAUAUUCAUUGUGCCAAAUUAGUAGAGAUGCAUUUCUACUGUGGAUUUCUCUCAUCCCGCCACGCUGUGCCAUAAUCCAGGUUUUUGAGUUCAUACUUGGUCUUCCUUGACAGGAUCACUUGACUUAGGGUUAUGUUUCUCUGUUUCAAAGAACUGUUCCCCUGCCCUAACUUGGAUUCAUUUCCUUUCUGGUAAUUUAUUCCAUUUACUUUUGGCGAGUUGGCCUACUCUGAAAUUUUUUCUUUUCUUAUGUCUUAAGUAUUCUGGAUCACCACGGAUUUUACAGUGAUUGAGGUGUAUGUGAAGAGAAUGAGUUGAGAUGGGGUUUUGGUUCUAUAUAAUGGGUGCUUUUGAUUGUUGGUCUAUUGUUUGUAAGCUACCUAGUUUUCUUUUUCUUUUUUUUUAAUAUAUUUUUUUAAAACAUCUAAGCAUGUUUGCAAGAUUUGGUGAUCGCGUGAUCUGAAUUGCCAUCUAAAUGUAUGCCAGAAAUUAACCGUAUGGAAUGUUACUUUAUUCCCAGACCGAAUAUAUUUAUUUCGAUCCUGUAUGCAUUUGGAGUGUUUUAGGUAAUCUUACAGCAAGUUCCAUCAUGAUUUACAUGUUAUGUUUUUGUGUGGGUCAGUUUUGAUUGGGAUAAGGAAAACUAUGUUUUUAAAUUUGAGAGUGGAUUGAAUAUCCAGCGACUUUUGUUUAAGGCAACAAAGAAUCAGAUGUUUCUGACAUUUUGGAAAUGCCACCGUGAGUUUUGUGUUAAAAAGAUUUCCUGAUUUGGCAACAGUCUAUGUUAGGACAAAGUAUCAAUGUAAUUGGCUUGUUUGUAAAAUGUAGUAGAUUUCUUCUUUUUAUUUAUUAUGGAACCUGAGGAUUUACCUACAAUGAUUAAAUCUGGAUCUUGCAAUCUGCUGCAUCUUUUGGCAUUUUACAGCACUCAAUGUAUGUUUCAUCGAUGGGCAAGGUUUAAAUAUCAUGAUAUGUUUAUCAAAUUUGAUAUUACUCUUACACUUGAGGUUCUUUUUAUAUAUCAGCCUGAGUCAAGAAUUGAUGGAUGAUUGUGAAUCGUGAUCUUUGGUAAACUUUUAACUCGAAGCAUGGAGGAGGACAAUCGGCUUGAGCUUAGCUUGGGCUUGUCUUGUGGAGGAUCAUUGGUCAAGGACAAGGGUAAAAGUGUCUGUUCUUCUGAUGUUGGAACAGAAGAAACUGAUAGAGGCAGUAAAAUAAUUGAUGAUUUCAAGAAUUUCCUCCAAGGUGGCAAUCAGAGACAAGAUAUGAGUUCAGGUCUCUUGAGAAGUGACUCGAUGAAGGUUAAAGAAAAUUUUUUUAAUGACCUUUCCCGGGCUCAUAUAGAUGGAUAUAAUUCUAUGAAUUUGAAGGCCACUGGAGUCUGGGCAAUGAAAAAUGAGAACCGUGUAGAUAUCCAGGAAGAAAAACAGCCUGAAGUGGGUAAUAAACGAAAGAUAUUAUUUGAGGAGAUAAACGGCCAAAAGAAGCUUGAAGGAGAGUCUUGUCAGAACAAUGUAGAGAACGCAAAAACAUCACUUUUUUCCACAUACGAGGACGGUUCUGCAGCUGAAAUUGAGGAUGUAGGAGAGUCUGAACUUGAGGGUUCUACAUCAAAGCCAGUUUCACAAAAUGAUGGACAUUCUGAGUUAAGUACUACAGACUUGAGUGGGCAGAAGAAGUUCAACAGUUCAUCAAGUAGUGACCUUGAGCGUCAUAACUUAAACAGAAGUGUUCCGUUCUCUAUUCAAACUACAAGUAUGCGGAAUGGUAUUUAUCCAUCAAUAGUCAAAGAGUCUCACGAUGCUGGUGGAUCCAGUUCAACUGGUCAUUCUCUGCAUGGCACAAGGCAAGUUUUCCUCUCUGGAAGUGGUGCACAAUGUGAAGUCCAGCCUAUGAAUCCUGGGAACUUGCCUUUGAUGUUUGGCUAUUCUUCUAGCCAGCUUCCGACUUUAGAUAAAGAUAAUUCCUGGGGUUUGAUUUCCCAGGCGCAGUUGCAUAAUCCCUGUAGCAGAGGUCAAACUUCUUCAGGAAUUCUUCCUAAUUCAGCUGAGGCUACUCCAUAUGAUGCCAGGACGUUUGAACAAGACAAAACUGGUAGCAAACAGCCUAUCGUGGAAGAAGGGUCCUCUUCUCAAGCAGGGGAAAAGGGAAGCAGCGGUAGCCUCGGAGCAAAAGACGCAUUUGAACGAUCGGCAGGAGGUUUGUUAAACGAAAUUUCUGCUAUAAGGCCAGGCCUCGCAGCAGAUGUCAAAUUUGGGGGAUGUGGUUCUUUCCCCAAUCUACCAUGGGUUUCUACCACUGGUCCAGGUCCAAAUGGUAGAACAAUUUCUGGUGUGACUUACAGAUACAAUGCAAACCUGAUCAAGAUUGUCUGUGCUUGCCAUGGUGUACACAUGUCUCCUGAGGACUUCGUUCAACAUGCUGGUGAAGAGUGUGUUGGUUCGGAAAAUGAAACUGAAAUGGAGCUCAAGAAGUUGACAAAUGCAGAAUCUCUUGGGUUUGAAAUUUCAUUUCAGAUCAGAAUAGCUGUUUUGCUCGGCAGAGUAGUUGGAAGUUUCACACGUGUCAGCAACCCGCUUGUCUGUCUUUGUGCAGCUUAUCCUGUCAGCUUUUCUCUUUUGUAACCAAUCAGAUUGUUGACCACCAUCCACGUGGUAGAAAAUUUCUUGUGUUCACACUGCCAACUAGCUCCACGUUCCAUUUUUUGACAUUGUUUAAGAACUUUUAUUUGGUAAAUAUUUCUUUAAAUUUUAGUAUAAUGAUGCCAUUAUUCAA